CUUAAAACAAAACAGUAACUGCAGCAACAAUGACAGACCCGGUGACCCAAGAGUCCUACCCUGUCCCAGACCCGACUAUUGUGGAUCCCUGCCCGGCCACGGUGCGGAACGGCCAGUGCGCCCCGGAUGGCUUCACCAACAACCAUCACCAGCAAGCCAAACGCCCCAGCCAGUCAGAGACGUUCACCGCGGGCCAGGAGAUGAAAAUCACAGACAGUGUGGAGGGAGAAGGUCUCCUCGAGAGCAGCAUGCGUCUGAAGCCCCACGAGGCUCAGAGCUACAGGAAGAAGGCACUCUGGGUCUCCUGGGUUUCCAUCGUGGUCACACUCAUACUGGCGGUGGCAGCUUUCACUGUAUCAUUUAUGAGACACAGCGCGUCAGCCUUUGGAUUUGCCUUUGAUGCUACGCUGGACGUCCUGUCAUCAGUCAUUGUCCUUUGGCGCUACAGCAAUGCAGCAGCUGUGCACUCUGCACACAGAGAGUAUAUAGCGUGUGUAGUCCUUGGGGUUGUGUUCGUUCUCUCCUCCCUGUGUAUUAUUGGAAAGGCCAUCCAUGAUCUGGCUACCAGGGUGCCCCCGGAAGUGGAUGACUUUCUCUUCAGUGUGUCUAUAGUGAGUGGGCUCACGUGUGCUGUGCUGGCUGUGGCCAAGUUCAUGCUGGGAAGAGUGCUGACUAGCAGGGCACUUAUCACUGAUGGCUUUAACUCUUUGGUCGGUGCUAUUAUGGGAUUUUCCAUUCUGAUCAGCGCCGAAGUCUUCAAGCAUCACACUGAUGUGUGGUUUCUGGAUGGCACCAUUGGAGUUCUCAUUGGAUUCAUCAUUUUGGCAUAUGGCGUCAAACUCCUGAGGGACAUGGUGCCCCGUGUGAGACAGACGAGGAACUACGAACGCUUUGAGUGAGACACCUGUGUGUUGACCAGACGAGCAGGUUCACACACACACACACAAACACACAGACACACCGACAAACACCUGGCUGCCUCCUGCCCUCCGCCCUCUUCUCUCUGUCUUUCAAACACACUUUAAUCCACACUACCCCUGCACAUUCAGUACAUACAGACUCUAUACACCCAUGUUCUUAUACACAUGAAUAUAUACACACAUGCUGUAUAUACUGUACAUAGUACAUUCAGACAUAAACAAACACACAUGCAUGCACACACACACACAAACGCAGACGCCUGAGAGACUUUGAGGGGAAAGGACAUGAUUGAAGACCACCUCCUGGAAAGAUAACACUUCUCUUCUUCUACACCUAGAACAAGGAAAAGGCUCAAGAACUGAGACUACUGUCCACCAACUGGAGCUUUGGAACCUAGACAUACUGUACUUGCUGCUUAGAUAACAUUCAUAUCAUCACAGACUACAAUAUAAUCAUUUGUCCUUGUGGGUUCAGCUAUUGUUGUAAUGGGCAUAAUGGGGAUCAACAUGUAUUCAGUUCAGUUUAUUUAUAUAAUUCAUAACAAAAAUGAUCUCAUUGCACUUUUCAUAUAGAGCACGUCUAGGCCGUACUCUUUGUAAUAUUAUUUUCAGAGACCUAACAAUUCCCACAAAUGUGUUGUGUCUUCCUAUUGUAUCUCAAUUAAGAAUACAAACUUCAUGUUGAGCUGAGAGCUGCCUACUACUUUUUAAGUUAAAUUAAUAUAUACAAGCACACCUGUUCCUUUCCUAAUACAGCCAGAGAGGAGUUUGUGUCACUAGCCUCCUCCCUUCAACAGCAGCAGCCACUAUACAGAGUGGGAAGCAGAGAAAAGGGCACUCAGACAGAGAGCUCAUAAGCAGUACUGAGUCAGCAAACACUCCUGUCUCCAGAAGGUGAAAAGCAUCAGCGAACACGGUGAGGUCGGCCUCGAUCUAGAAACUCUACAACUAAAAGCAAACAGCAGUAAAGAGGACAGGAGACACUAAGGACAAACAUUUGCCAUACAAUGGCUAUAAACCUAAGUGCACAAGUCAUUUGAUCAGUUUAUAUUGCAUUGUGUAGCCUAUUGUAUUGUAUGUAAUGUAUCCAAGCACAAAUUAGCAAACCAUGCACUGGUGUUUGCUGCUGACAGUUUAGCACAGUGCCCAUUUAGACACAAUGGGUAACUAAAAACUAAGAAAUGAUUUGAGGGUAUUUAACUGCUCUAUCUGUAUCACAUGUUACAUUGCCAUAUAUUGUACAUAUCUUUUGAUUUUUUUACCAACCAUCAGUUAUUCACUGUAAUCCAUUAAGUAUCUUUUGUUUUUUACUUGAAAUUUGGAAAGUAAAGUUUUACCAGGCUUAACCACUUUUCAGACUUAAAGAAAUAAUAGAUGUAAAAGCACUAAACUCUGCAGGAAGGUUUCCUGUACAAAUUGCUAUGAUCAUGUUAUUUAUCAAUUUUUCUAACAAAGAUUUACUUUUAUUACUAUUUUUUUUAUUUUUUUCCUCGUUUUGACUGCAAAGUUCAUAUGGAAAGUUGGAUAAGACGAAGAUGAAACAAACCUAAGGUGAAACAAAGCAUAAUGAAACAGAAAAAGCAGCCUGUGGGAAUAUAAUUUUCAUUGCAUCGUUUUGCAAAGGCUGUUUUUCCUCCUGUGUCUGCUUACAUGCUUAUUAUCCAUUUAUUGUGCACGUUCCCAUCGUUAUUGUUCAUUAUUAUGUGCAAUGAAUGCAAUGUAAAUACAAACCACACAGUCUGUAAAUAUGUUUAUUACACUGUUUGGGUGCAUCAGUACAAAAAGUAACAAAUAUAGUCAUUGUACUUUAUGGCCGACAUAACAGGCUUUUUGGAGUAGACAGCAUAUAGUUCAAGUACAGGAUGAUCAAUGUUGCAUAUAAUUAAAAAUGUUUACUCUAUAGUGCUUAUACUGUAAAUGUUGUUUUCCAUAUUGCUGUAGAUUAUUGGUGAAAUUAAAUGACAAGUAUUACUGUAAGUUUUAGCACUGUAAAUGAAAAUCUGAGAUUGGAUGUAGGUGUCUGACAGCACUGUCCAAGGCCUCUAUAUCACUGAUGCACAGAAGCUGUCUAAAGCAAAUGAUUAUAUAUAUUAAGCAAAUGUCGAAACAGGACUAGCAACUGACCACAGCCCCAAUUUACCCACUGGCACAAAUUUCUAAAGAAACAAUGAUGAAUGGUGUGGAUGAUAGUGAGAGGAAUACCUUCGCUGUCACCCUCUUGCUGUAUAGUUGGAGGAAGAGCAGCACCUCAAAUUUAGAUUUCUUUAAUAAAAUCGCUUUUAUACAAAUUCAUUGAGAUUAAUCAAACUAGAAAUGAAAAGCUAUAAAUAAUUCAUAGAUGUGUCACUAACCUUGGUAUUGUUCACAUUAGUUUGUGGGCUGUAGUUGUGAAUCCAAAGUGCUUGUGAGCCCCCUUGUGGUAGGUGGCCACAUGACAGGAAUUUUAAUUAGUAUUCAGCACACUGGAUCCAAGGGAGAGAGUCUAAAUUUAUCCCACGCUGAAGACAGUUACAAAGCCUUGGACAGUGAUUCUGAAGGGGCCUAUAGUACAUCCACUCAACACUGUAAUUAUCGACUCAGAGUCAACACACUGGACAAGGUGCAAAUGUAUUGAUAUUAUCUUUAGUUCCAUUGUGUGAAGAAUAAGUAUUAGUUAUAAAAUGAAGGCGUGGAUGAGCUCACACUACUUCAACUCACCAACAGCACACUGAUUUGUAAUGCCCCCUCACCCCCUUCUCUUAUGCAUAGAAGACAAUCUUUACAAUCACUUUAACUAGCAAAGCACAGUGUUUACACGCUAAUGACCACCACAUAAGGCACAGAACAAACUCAUGAUAACUCAGUCUUAGUAACGGUAUCUUCACUAGCUCUGUGGCUCAUAUGGUUAACUAUAUUGUGUUUGGAUAAACUGGAAACCAUUUUGAUCUUGGCAACAGAAUCCUUUCUACCUCUCUUCGUUGCACUUUAGUCUUAUUUUCAUGCCACUUCUCUUGUGCACAUUCAUGCUACAGAAAAUUUAGGCCAGGUGCUGUGCCUGUCCCCCUUACACUCCUUAGAAGUCAGUGCUCUUUGAAGCUGUUGCUCUCUCUCUAAAUCACUGGGUAAGUGCAACAGCUGAAUACCAAAAACUAUAAAUAUGUUAACUGGAAUUCUAUGAUCACCAGAGUUGCAGUUGCAGUUCAUUCAUCUAUAAUGUGGUUUUUCCUCUGCACCAUGACAUUUUUCAACCCUCACGGUCCAUCUCGCUAAAAGACUGUCAGAGGUUUUUAAAGAAAUUAUCUCUGAACAUGUAUUACUUGUUUGCUCAAACAGGCAGGUGGGAUACUAUUUGACUCCAUUUCAUUGUUUCAUUGAAAUAGCUCAGAAACAUGUCCAGUUCUGCAGCUUGAUGAACUGUGCUAAAUCACUGAAAACAUGUGUCCACUCUAGGUGUACUUGUAUUGAACUGAUUUAUUCCCAUCGCCCCAUAAGAGGCAUCACACCAAUCAUUUCACUUAUUUUCACAAAAUUAUGAUAGCAAUACUAACCACUUCUCUGUUGCUCUAGGCUUUGCAUGGGCUUGUAAAAACCCUUACAGCUUCAGUGGUUACAGAUACAUUGCAGUCACACACACACACACAAACACACACACACACACACACACACACACACACACACAAAGCUUACAUGGAAAGAUGUAAAUGAAUUUCCAAUAAAUCUGACAAUGUAACAGCAUUAUUAUUUGUCUGUUUGUACAGUAAUGAUAACAGUGGUAUUACAGAUGCUGUAAACACAAUUUAUUUAUGUAAAAGAACUAUGAGGUAUUUCUUUGUCAAAGAGCAAAGUUUUAUUGAUUAAUAAAGUUUUAUCCUGCUUA